CAGAAGGGGAAAAUAAUAGAAUUGAAGUUGAAAGCAGAAAAUAGCGCGGGAAUAGAAAUGGCAAGCAGUAGCAGGAAGAAGAAGCACGAUUUGGAGUUGGAAAGAGUUCGCUUAAUCAGUUUAGCCCUUGAUUUUGGAUUCGACGAACACUCCGCUAACAAGUGCUUCGACCGUCUUCUCGCUCUCUACGGCGAUGAUGGUCGCGAAUUCAUCACCGUCGAACACUGCGGCGAUGAUUUUCUCGCCGCCUUGGCGGAGUCGAUGCAAGCCACCGAGGAAUGGGAUGACCUACAGGAAAUGGAGUCACAAGCGUGUGGAACCUUGACUCACAUUUUCGACAAAACUGUUCCCACGUGUGGUGUUGCCAAUGAUGAUGACACCUCAAGAUGCUUCGUUAACAUUGUCGACGAUUCGCCUCAGCCUCAGAGACGCAAACACCAGACCAAUGUGGUGGAGUUGGAUUCCAGUGACGAUGAGGAUGUGCAUUUCAGUGUUUCAAGGCAAAAAUCUGUGGAUUGCAGAAGUGGCAUCACUCAAGGCUCAGUUUCAUCAACUUCCAGCAAAAUACGGUCCUCCUUUGCAUCAAAUAAUAAAAACAGGACUCUCACUUACGAAGAAUUGCAAGCACUAGUAGAUGAUAUUGAGUUGGCAAAUGUUGUUAUCUUUGGUAAUAAGGCAUUUCGACCAUUGCAGCAUCAAGCAUGUAAAGUAGCUUUGGCAAAACAAGAUUCUUUUAUUCUUAUGCCUACUGGGGGUGGUAAAUCUCUUUGCUAUCAGCUUCCAGCAACUCUUCAACCGGGUGUUACAGUAGUAGUAUCUCCAUUACUUUCACUCAUUCAAGAUCAGAUAAUAACACUAAACCUCAAGUUUGGAAUACCUGCUACUUUUUUAAAUUCUCAACAAACUGCUUCCCAAGCCACAGCUGUCCUCCAAGAGCUAAGAAAAGACAAACCAUCAUGCAAGCUCUUGUAUGUGACACCUGAGAGAAUUGCUGGCAAUCAAUCAUUUCUUCAGAUUCUAAAAUGCAUGCAUCAGAAGGGACAGCUUGCAGGUUUUGUUGUUGAUGAGGCACACUGUGUUAGCCAAUGGGGACAUGAUUUCCGGCCUGAUUAUCGGGGAUUGGGAUCUCUUAAGCAACAUUUUCCAGAUGUACCUGUCAUGGCACUGACUGCCACUGCAACUCAUGCAGUUCGUGAGGACAUCUUAAAUGCUUUAAGAAUUCCCCAUGCAAUUGUUCUUGAAAGAAGCUUUGACAGACCAAAUUUGAAGUAUGAAGUCAUUGUUAAGACAAAGGAACCGCUAAAGCAGCUUGGACAGCUACUAAUUGAUCGCUUCAAGAAUCAGUGUGGAAUUGUUUACUGCCUUUCAAAAAGUGAAUGUGUUGAGGUUUCAAAAUUUUUGAAUGAGAAGAUCAAGAUCAAGGCAAUGUAUUACCAUGCUGGCUUGGCUGCCCGCCAGAGAGUAGCUGUUCAAAAGAAAUGGCAUGACGGGGAGGUCCAUAUAGUAUGUGCAACUAUUGCUUUUGGAAUGGGGAUAGACAAACCUGAUGUUCGGUUUGUCAUCCACAAUACAAUGUCAAAAUCAAUCGAAAGCUAUUAUCAGGAAUCUGGAAGGGCUGGAAGAGAUAAUCUCCCUGCUGUUUGCAUAGCUCUAUACCAGAAGAAGGAUUUUAGUAGAGUUGUAUGCAUGAUAAGAAACGGCCAAGGAUAUAAAAAGGAAAGUUUUAAGACAGCAAUGGCUCAAGCCAAAAAGAUGCAACAGUACUGUGAACUGAAGGUUGAAUGCCGGAGACAGAAUUUACUCGAACACUUUGGAGAAUCUUUUGAUAGAAAAGCCUGCAAAUUUGGAUCUAGCCCCUGUGAUAACUGUCUCAAGACUGCAUUAUGA